AACAACUGAAACCCAAAAGGAAACCCAAAACAACCCGGAGGAGAAGGAUUUAAGACUCUGAAGCGAAACAGAGUUUCCAAAAACUCUGACUUUGCAGAUUUUGCCACUUCCUUCCCACGGUUAACGUCAAGCUAGAGGAACCCAGAAUACAUACUUGGCUUCAUCUGCAGUUUCGAUUUGUAACCAACGAUUCUAGUUCGAAGCUUCCAGCAGUGAAAGCAAAUCGGGAGAAGCGGCGAACAGCCUUCAGGUUAUCUUCUUGAGUAUUGGUCUGUUUUCACCUGAUUAGCAAAGUUGAGUCUGAUACAUUGUGCUGUGUUCAGAUGGGAGAUACAUCAUUUCUCGAUAGAAUGCUUCUCCAGCUGCGCUCGACUUGCAAGUAUUACAGUGGUUACCCUAAGGAUCUCGGGCCAUCGCGUGUUAUCCAUUUUACAUCAGAAAGAGAGUUUGUCCAACUCCUUCACCAGGGCUAUCCUGUGGUUGUCGCAUUCACCAUAAGAAGUAACUACACACAACAUCUUGAUCGGAUGCUUGAGGAAGCUGCUGCUGAGUUCUAUCCCAACAUAAAAUUCAUGCGUGUUGAGUGCCCCAAGUAUCCUGGGUUCUGCAUUACCCGCCAGAAAAGCGAAUAUCCUUUCAUUGAAAUAUUCCAUAGCCCACAACAAGCGGGUAAUGAAGGGAAGGUACAAGAUCCAAAUAUCACCCGGUAUUCUGUGAAAGUUGUACCUUACAAUUAUGAUAUGAGCCCCUAUGGAUUCAGAGAGUUCUUCAAGCGCCAGGGGGUUCGUACUUCUGAUCCGAAAUGAAGUAACUUGAAGGUCGGUGCGUAUUUGAAGGUUUUGAGUGUAUCAAUGGCUUCUUUGAGCUACCAUUGACUGUUUUAAGAACUCUUGUGAUACUAAAUUUAUCUUUUUCUUCAAAAGAAAGAAAGAAACUCUUUCU